GAGAUAAUCCGAUGCAAACAUGCACUUUUAUCAGAAUUUUACAUUUUGUUUGAUAGUUUAAUUUGGGGUGGAGUGCGCAAUAUUUCGUUUAGUAUGUUGUGGGUUUCGGACCAUCAAAGUUACCUGCAUUAUCAAAGAAACCCCGUUUUACAGUAUUAAUUUAUUUGUUGAUAGCAUUCAGUUUGUAACAAUGAGCUUCAAUAAUCGCAAGAACCAGGAUAAAAUUAGAUGGCUGAAAAGUGAAAACCAAAGAAUCAAUGAUGAAACAAACUCUAGCAAGAAAAAACACUCAGAACUAGAACGUAGAAUGAAGGAAUUAUCUGAACAUCUCGUCACCAAAAACAGUCAACUUGAUACUCUCAAAAAACAUUGUGAAGAAACGAAACUUCAGCUUGCCGAGUUGGCAGCCAAUGAAAAACGAAUCGCUGCGAUACAUGAUCUUGAGAAGGCUCGCUAUUCCAAGAUUCGACAGGCUGUCGAAGAACACAAGGAUAUGUUUUCUCGUUUGGCUAAACGUAAAAUAGAUCGUACAAACUAUGCGAGUCCUGAGCCGACAACUUCGGUGUUAAUCUUACCGGCAAGUUGCAGUCGAGAGUACGAACUUGGAGAAAAGGAACGCCAACGGGACGAUCUGAAACGUUUACUGGAGAAACGUGAACAGGAAAUUGUCAUCAAGAAGAAUCACAAUGCAGCUCGAAUCGUGCGACUCCGGAAGCUUCUGCAGACCAACGAAGGCAAGCGUGCACUGUGCAAGGAACAGCUGGCUGCGUUGAAGGCCAAAACCAAUCGCCGAUACUAGUCCUGGCGUUUGAACAAUCGCCAGAUGAAGAAGUACACGAACUCGGUGAACGUUAACAAGCUGCAACCCAGGAAGAAUCCUCCGAGACCGCCAAUGUAGACUGAAAUGCAGUUUUAAUAGAUUAAUA